AUGGAGGCAGCAGAGAAUCGGGUGGUGGCUGCAUCACCAUCAUCCGAAAGAAAGAGAAAGAGAAGAAAAAUGAGAAGAAUAAUAAGAAAAAGAAGAAGAAGAAACGAGAAGCGAGUGAUUGCUCCAUCAUCACUACCAAACGAAUUGAUAGAGGAAAUAUUCUUGCGGCUUCCCGUAAAAGUUCUAAUCCGACUCAGGUCGCUCUCAAAACACUGGAAAGUGACAUUGGAGUCUCUCUCUUUCGCAGAGAGACACUUGAAGAUCGCCAAGCAAUCCCGCGUGAAACUCAUGGUCAUCGACUCGUGUCCAAGGUCUAAGCCUCACUCAGAAACAAACGUUGGUUUUAGAAUGUUCUGCCUUGAAUCGGGUUCUCUUCUGUCCUUUACUCCUAUCAAUUUCUCUCAAGGAUUCGGUACCUGGAUGUACUUCUCUGGAAACUGCGAUGGACUUUUCUGCAUCCAUUCCCCACAAACUCAAUCCAUAUAUGUAGUUAAUCCGGCUACACGGUGGCUCCGACAACUUCCUCCGGCUAGGUUUCAGAUUCUGAUGCACGAGUGUAACCCCACUCUAGAUGAGUGGAUAGCUAUGGAUUCAGUCUUUCAUCUAGCAUUCGUGAAGGCUGCUGCUAAUUACAAACUAGUGUGGUUGUAUAAUUCUGAUAAGUACAAUGCUGAUCUUUCUUGUCCAAACCAAGAAGUUACCAAAUGUGAGGUUUUUGACUUUAAAGCAAACACUUGGAGAUACUUGGCUUGCACUCCAAGUUAUCGUAUAUUUCCUAAUCAAAAGCCAGCCUAUGCAAAUGGGUCGGUGUAUUGGCUCACGGAGCUACAUGAGGACAGAACCGAAGUGGUGGAUUUUGAUAUCCAAAGAGAAACAUUCAGGUUGCUGCCCAAGAUCAUUCCAGCUAUUGCUAGUUCAGAUCCUCGUCAUAUUGACAUGUGCACUCUAGAUAAUCAUUUGUGUAUGUCGAAAAGGGAGCACGUUACCAUGAUCCAAGAUAUUUGGAGGUUGAAUCCAUCAAAAGACACUUGGGAGAAGAUUUUUUCCAUAGAUCUCCUUUCUUGCCCUUCUCCUCAGACUGAGAUCCGCGAUCAGUUUGAAUGGAGCCAGAAGGUUUUGGUUGAGCCAUCCACACCCGUGGCCGUAUGCAAGAACAAGAAAAUCUUGCUCUCACAUCGUUAUUCCCGCGGUCUGGUAAAAUAUGAUCUCCUUACAAAGUCUCUAGAUUUCUUUUACCGGGAUCCUAUGGCUUGGAGAAAAGUUACUUGUUUUCAAAGUUUGAUCUCUCAUAUCUAA